CUCAUUUUAACGUUUUAGGAGAAUGCACGUCGGUAUAACUUUAAGUGAAUGCAAGCAACGAAAGUUUAGCUCUGUCGGAAUUUAUGUGUGAGGUUCAGAAAUUACUUUUUUAAAAAACAUAAAUGACCACUAAAAUAUAACACUAUUUGAGUAGACUAAUAGUGUCUAGCGGUCACAUUGAAUUGGUUUCGGUUUGUUUUUGGUACGAUGGCGGGGGAUGAUAAGAUGAACAUUGAUAGUAUUAUUGCCAGGCUACUGGAAGUCCGGCGUAUUCGUCCUGGUAAAAAUGUGCAACUAAGCGAGGCGGAAAUCCGUGGAUUGUGUCUAAAAUCUCGCGAAAUUUUUUUAAGUCAGCCUAUUUUGCUAGAGCUGGAAGCUCCACUCAAAAUAUGUGGUGAUAUUCAUGGUCAGUAUUAUGACUUACUUCGGCUUUUUGAAUACGGAGCAUUUCCUCCUGAAGCAAACUAUCUGUUUUUGGGUGACUAUGUGGAUAGAGGAAAGCAGUCUCUUGAAACAAUAUGCUUGCUACUAGCUUACAAAAUCAAGUAUCCUGAAAAUUUCUUCUUGUUAAGGGGUAAUCAUGAAUGUGCCUCUAUUAACCGUAUUUAUGGUUUUUAUGAUGAAUGCAAACGGCGAUAUAACAUAAAAUUGUGGAAAACAUUCACGGACUGUUUCAAUUGUCUACCAAUUGUAGCGAUAAUCGAUGAAAAAAUAUUCUGUUGUCAUGGCGGUCUGUCGCCUGACCUUUCGACGAUGGAGCAAAUAAGGCGUAUUAUGCGUCCUACAGAUGUUCCUGAGCAGGGAUUACUCUGCGAUCUACUUUGGUCAGAUCCAGACAAAGACGUAUCCGGUUGGGGAGAGAAUGAUCGUGGUGUCAGUUACACUUUCGGCCCGGAUAUCGUAGCCAGAUUUUUACACAAACAUGAUUUAGAUUUGAUAUGCCGAGCUCAUCAGGUCGUCGAAGACGGUUAUGAAUUUUUCGCCAAACGUCAGCUAGUCACUCUUUUUUCCGCUCCAAAUUAUUGUGGUGAAUUUGAUAACGCAGGUGCUAUGAUGUCUGUGGAUGAUACCCUGUUGUGUUCAUUUCAGAUUUUGCGUCCGGCUGAAAAGAAAAAGUAUUACGUUGGAGUCCCAACUGGCAGCCGACCUAUAACUCCACCCCGUGGUGCUAAAGCUAAAGGAAAAUUAUAACUCAUCUCUGAAUUUACACCUUCAAUUCUUGCUUUUAUUACAAUGAUCAAGGGAGGCGUCAGGUUAAUAACUGCAUUAUUGUCCCUUGUUCAUCGCUGUCAUUUACGGCAGCAUUUUGUCCGUCGAAAAACGUAGAUUUCCCUUUAAUGUUUUUCAAAUAUCAGUUGUAUUUUGCUCUAUAUCAAGAUUGAAUCAGUCAGUGUGAAACUUUAUUUGUUGUUCACUAAUUGUCAAACAGCUUUUAUUUACCUUCUUUCUAAGACGCGUACAGUCUUUUCGUAGUCAAAAGCUUGUUUUGGUUGCAUGUUUUAGGAGCAUACACAGUGUAUUUGUUAUUAACAUUGUUUAACUUUUGAAUCUGUCUGUUUCGCUCGGUUGGAUACCAUUUUUAUUACCACCACUGUUAUUAUUAUUAUGAUUAUAAUUGUAUAUUUCUUAUUGUGCUUUAUUCUUAUUCACUGACUUUAUUUGAGGAGAUGAGUAUUUUUACCGUUUUGCUCAAUCGCUCUUAUGAUCACUUGAGAAUGUAUGUGCGUCAAGGAGUUUAACGGUAGGAACUGCUUAUAACUUUGAUAUCUGUUUGACUUACGUUUUCUUCCGCCAAACUAUUUGACAUGAUGUCGGCAUGUGUAUGAUUUUUCAAAACUUGAUUGUUUACACUGACUUAGUUUCAGGUCCUUGUUUUUCAGUUUACUUGUACUGUACAGUCAGCUAAUUUCUGUUAUGAAAACCUUAUAUUCUAAUGGGUAGUGCAUUGGAAUGAGUGAAAUAUAAUUUCACCUUACUGCGUUUAUGGUAUUUGUUAAAAAACCUGUCCCUGAAUCAAAGUUCUUGGAAAUAAAAAGAUUUUGCAAAUCAGCUUUCAUAGUAUAUCAUAUUAAAUCCUAUAUUUACUA